AUGGAGAAAAAUCAUGUUAAAGUAGCAACAUACGGUUGGAAUGUGUCAACAGUUCCAACUACAGCAUCUACUUGUACCACACCCAACUGUCCAUCAUGUCCACCGGGCUAUCAAAUAUAUUAUGAACAUACGUAUCAAUGUCAGUACCGCUGCUUGUGCGAAAUAUCCAGAACACCAUCAACAACUAGUAAACCAAGUAUGUCUAAGAUGCUUCUACUGAGUAUCCUUCACAACAUACAGAACAACGCUGAUGCCCUGGAGCAGAUGGCCCGGGGGCUCAGUGACGAAGCUGACCUCGCCCAGGAUGCUGCUGCUUUGUCACAUAAAUAAACAUAAGCCAGCCUUUCAGGAUAGGAUACCCAUGGACAACAUUUGCUUGAAUUACUGCUAUGAAAACAAUAAAUUCAAUAUAACCCUAAUUACAGGAAAACUACCCUUCUUGAAAUUCAAAUUUGAUUAUAAGUUUAAUUCCAGCAUGAAAACAAAAACACUUCUUUGCUUGAAUUUUGGUUACAAGUUUAUUUCCAAUAUUAAACACUGCUCAGCUUACAGAUUUAUUUCUGAUAA